ACUCACCAGACCCGGUGUUGGCUCACACCAUGUCCACAGCUACAACAGAGAAAAUCUACAGAGGACCAUUACCGUCAAUCCCAGAGUUCACAAGAGGUGAUCCAAGACAGUUUGCUAGAUUGAAACUUGCUCUUGACAAUAUUCUCCCAGCUGAUGCAACAGAGAGGUUCAAGUACCAAGUGCUGUGUGAUCAUCUUAAGUUUGAGGAAGCUCUACUUGUUGCUGACUCAUACAGCAACUCACCUCGUCCUUAUUCUGACACGAUGGCUUCUCUCACAAAACACUAUGGUCAGCCGCACCAGCUGUCACUACAAAGAAUAGCAGAGCUGAUGGAUGAGCCCAACAUCCGUUCAAAUGACACAGCAGGAUUCAGAAAAUUUGCACUACGAGUUCGUGCUUUGGUGGGCAUGUUGGAACAACUUGGAGAUGAUGGACACAUAGAGUUACAAUGCGGGUCACAUGUUGCAAGGCUUACUCGGAAGCUACCACAGGACCUGCGUGCUGCUUUCCGUCGUUACCUCUACCCACAAAGGGAUGGAAUACCAUCACUAAGAGACUUUGCAGAGUGGCUGGAAUAUGAGCUGGUCAUCCAAGAAGGUGGAGAUCAUUCAGACAGAGUGGAUGAGAACCUGAGAGAUAGAAGCAGCAUCAAAAGAGAUAAAAGAGCUGCUAAAAGGACCACAACUGUCCUGCAUGGUGCAACACAGAAAAGCGCACCCGAGGCGCCCUCAGCUAUGAUCCCCACUGC